CAUGUUAGCUGUAUUGGUGAAUCGUAUGGCUAGAUUCCAAACUAAAUAGGUCUUACUAGGUAAACAGACAAUAAUCUCUUCCAUCCCGAAAUAAGCAGACCCCUCACAAUAUUUAGAAAGCUUUUAAAGCAAUCAGAUAACAUAUUAGCUACAUACUAUUAGCUAUUCACGCUAAGUGUACAUUAAACUGACUAGCAGGCAGCAGAAAUGAAUCAGUUAACAACAAUAAAUAUAGAAAACUCACACGGUCUUAUCUGAAUGUGAUAGUGUGACCGCUUGUUUAAUACCAACAGCUGCUUUGCUUGUCCAGUCAGAUAUUUUUAGGGGUGACAAGCACACAGGAAACUUGCACACAAGAUCUCAAAAGGCAAAAGGACAACAGCUCAAACUACAACUCCACACAAAAGACUGUAAAUGACACACUUUUGAUGGCCAGAUUGAUCAGAUGGCUUUUAUGAUGAAGUAUGCAUGGAUAGCUGUGCUUUGUGUGGUAAUGGCAGCCACACUGGGCGUCUCUCAGGAGGAGAACACAGAGCUGGCUGAGCAGGACAGCAGGGAACCUUGUGCCCGCUGGAUGAGGGGUGUUUCUGGAACCCCAGGUUUCAAUGGAAUCCCCGGGCGGGAUGGACGUGAUGGGCGUGAGGGGGAGAAGGGUGAUAUCGGAGAUCCAGGUCCCAAGGGACCAAAUGGAGAGCCAGGUGAACCAGGGGACGAGGGACCUGCAGGCAAAAGAGGAUUUCCUGGAAACCCAGGUCUGAAAGGAGAGAGUGGAGAGGGUUCCUUCCCCUACCACUCGGCUUUUAGCAUGGGACUUACAAGUAAAAUCAGCUCUGCCAGUGGAGCUCCCAUCCGCUUCACAAAGACCUUCUACAAUGAGCAGCACCACUACGAUGAAAUCUCCGGAAAGUUUCGCUGUGCAAUCUCUGGGAUCUACUACUUCACAUAUCACCUCACUAUCAACGGGAAGGAGACCAAGGUAGCUAUGUUCCGAAAUGGCCGGACUGUGGCCUUCACUCUUGACCAGUUCCACAACGGAAAUCUGGAUCAGGCCUCCGGAGGGGCGAUUUUAAAUCUGUCUGCUGGAGAUGAGGUUUGGCUACAGUUGUAUGAUGACUUUUUUGAUGCAGGGAUUUAUGCUGAUAACAGCAACGACUCCACUUUCACUGGCUUUCUUUUGACUCCUAAAAUCUUAAGCAACCCAUUUGACAACCGCAGACGAUGACACCAUCUAUGUGGAUGUAUUUGUAUCCAUAUGUUCACUUAAUCUUAUUGAACAGUCAGUUUAAUGCAGCAUGCAGAGAUUAUUUGCAGUGAGUUUUCUAGGCCUGAUCACAGGGAGUCUUCCUGCCACCCCGCUAAACGUUACAUCUAGCCAACUGGCUUCCUUUCAGUACAGCAGUUGUUGUGUAUUUUAGCACACAUCAUCCUAGCAGAUACUUUAAUCAGUGUUCAAGGUCAGUAUAUAUGUCAUCAUACAUGCUGAGCUAUGACCUUAUAAUUAUAUUUUUGUUCGGAUUGUGUGUUGGGGUGUAAAAUACUUUUGAUCUUAUAUGUGGCAGCAGCUCUUUAAUCGCUGUUGGUGUACCAUAGUACCAAAAUAGCAUCACAGCUGUUGAGAAUUUAUAUUUAUUAAUGCUAAUUAGAAGUAUAUGGAGGUCUCUAUGUCACAUUUUGCAGUGUUUUAUCAUCUCUCUAAACUCUCAAGACAGUUAACUAAAAAAUCCUGCAAGUUAUGUGUCAUAUUACUGACACAGACAAAGUUAAGAUUGAUAAAGUUUGAACUGUGAAAGCAGUUUAUGUACUGGUGGGGUGCUUGUUAUUAAAUAUGGAUUUGUAUGCUAAUUUAGUGCAUACUAUUUCAUUA